AGCCACGAACAGGAUCUUCUUCUCAAGCUUCAUAGUAUCAGUAGGCUUCUCGCCAUUUCUUUUUAAACCAAUCGGUGGUUACUCACACAUCCAAUUGAUCACUGUGACUUAAAAAAGAAAAAAAAACCUAAAUCUCAGAAACCGUGUUCUGGCUCGAAUGGCAUAUCAAAUUCAUGUCUCACGCGUCUUGCCAUCAUCGUUAUCAAUCAUUGAAACUGGAAAAGGUCGAUCCUUUACGAUAAAUUUAUUCCACAGAAGAAACCAUCACAGAGAUUCGUCGCUUAAUCCCAUGAAAAGUUUUCAGAUUCGAAGAGAAAAUCAGAGAAUAGCGUUUGCGUUAGACACAGGUUCUUCUUCUUCUUCUGUUCCUGGAGAUAAUGGAGGAGGACAAGAGAUUAAUGGAGACAGAACAGGUCUAGGCAGCACAAGAUUAGGGAGAAUUGCGCUUGCGUUAGGCAACCAGUUGCUUCUGAAAAUAAACGCUGCAAGAAAAAACUUUCCAAUGAAGAUCUUUCUGCUGCUUCUUGGUUUCUACACUGCAAAUGCAUUGGCAACGAUUCUUGGCCAAACCGGUGACUGGGACGUGCUAGUUGCAGGAAUUGUUGUCGCUGCGAUUGAAGGAAUCGGUAUGCUGAUGUAUAAGAAGCCUUCUUCAACAUUGUUAUCUGGGAAGUUGCAGUCUUUUGUUGUGUUUAUGAAUUUCUGGAAAGCUGGUGUUUGUUUAGGUCUCUUUGUUGAUGCUUUCAAGUUGGGUAGUUGAAAAGAAAACAAAAAUCCAUUCUUUUCUUCUUCUAUAACGAGUAAUGUGUGUGUGUGUAUAGAGAGAGCCUUUGAUUAGUUUCAGUUUUGUUGGAAUGUCUGAGAAUGCAGACCCUGUUUUUGACACUUUAAAACAAAUUGUAUUAUAAGUUCACUUGUUUACA